CUUUCACUCAGCGUCGCGCGGACACGGGCGGGAAUUUCCGGCUGCUCCACAACCGCGCGCAGGCGCGGGGUGUCGCCAAGAUGGCGGGACCUCCCGGCCGCCAGGGGGCGCUGUGGCAGCUUGGUUCAGCGGGGCCGAGCUGAGAUUGGCCGCGCGGGUCAUGUGAGGCGGAGGCCGUGCCGUUGACAAUAAACAUGGAGUCGAUAUUCCACGAGCGGGUGAGUGAGCCGUCGCGGGGGAGGGGGUCCGGCGUUUCGGUGAGGCGUCCCGCAGGGGAGGGGGUCCGGCCUUCGGUCGUCUGGCGGGGUGGAAGCGGGGACGCGCUCCGCGGGGACUUCUCGCGUUGGGCACUCCGUAGCGGUUGUUGGGUGCGAUCGGGUACGGCCUGAAGCCGCUGCUUCUCAUCUGUGGCCGAGCACGGAGGCGAGCGGCGGUACGUGGGGCGGGUUCUGGGUUCUGUGCUCCGGGUUCCGUGCGCCCGGACGCUGCUCGCCGUCACCGGCGCUGCCCGCUGUGGGUGUGCCGCCCGGCGGGAACGGCGCUGCUGGGGACGGCCUGCGUCGCGUGCUGAGCGGCGCUUCCUGUUUUGGAGAAGAAAUGCUUCUGGAAACUGCUGCGCUUUGCCAGGGCUCGCACGUACGGGCUGUGUGCGAGCUCCCUGCUGCUACAGUACAGCUCCGUUUUUCACCUGCUUCGCCGGUGACUCUGCAUCUUUGUUGUGCUCAAGAAGGCUCACUAUGUGCUCAGCACUGUCUGAAUAAUUUGCUGCAAGGGGAGUACUUUAGUCCUGUUGAGUUAUCCUCCAUUGCACAGCAGUUGGAUGAGGAAGAAAGAAUGAGAAUGGCAGAGGGAGGAGUGUCUAGCGAAGAAUAUAGAACAUUUUUACAGCAGCCUUCUGUAAACAUGGAUGACAGUGGAUUCUUCUCCAUUCAAGUUAUAAGCAAUGCUUUGAAAGUGUGGGGUUUAGAACUAAUCCUCUUCAACAGCCCAGAGUAUCAGAGGCUUGGGAUCGACCCUAUAAAUGAAAAAUCAUUUAUUUGUAAUUAUAAGGAACACUGGUUUACAGUUCGAAAGUUAGGAAAACAGUGGUUUAACUUGAACUCUCUCUUGAUGGGUCCAGAACUAAUAUCAGAUACAUAUCUUGCACUUUUCUUGGCGCAAUUACAACAGGAAGGUUAUUCCAUAUUUGUAGUAAAAGGUGACCUGCCAGACUGUGAGGCUGAUCAGCUGUUGCAGAUGAUUCGAGUUCAGCAGGUACAGCGACCAAAACUAAUUGGAGAAGAGACUACACAGUCAAGAGACCAGAGACUACCCAGAAGUGAUGUGGACCAAGCGAUAGAAGUUAGCCAUCCUUUUGAUGGGACAAGCAUGUUAGAUGAAGAUGAGGAGAAUUUUCAAAGAGCUCUGGCUCUAAGUAGGCAGGAAAUCGAUAUGGAAGAUGAAGAAGCUGAUCUUCGUAGAGCCAUUCAACUCAGCAUGCAAGGUAGUCGUCAAAAUGAGUUCUCAAACUCGUUACCACAGAAUGCUUCUCAGCCACCACACACCAGCCAGACAGACUCUGUUUCUUCAGAAGAUCUGCGCAGGAGAAGACAAGCAUAUUUUGAAAAGCAGCAACAGAUAGAGCAGCAGGAUCUGACACUGAACCUACAUGACAAACCAACUAUAAACUCAAGCACUCUAGAAGCUGAUCCAGGAGGUGAUAUGAGUGAGGAGGACAUGCUUCAAGCAGCUAUGAAUAUGUCCCUGGAAUCUGCUAGAAAUCACUUGAGUACAGAAGAGAAGAAAUGACAUCAUAAUUUUUUCCCCUCUAUUGUCAAAACACUACAUCUCCGUUACAAUUUUACUGUGUGGAUGUUGCACAAGCUGGGUUCAUUUCAGAGUUUUGGAAGCAGGAAUGAAGGGUUGGCUGGAGCUCAGAGUUUAGAGGGAAUCUGCAAAUAUGAAAAGUUCGCACUAAUUUAGAAUAGCAUAGCACUCCUACUACAAGAGUAACAGUGUUGAAGUUGCUUAAGUUACUCUUGAUCAAACAAACACAUGUAGCAGCUGUAACUUGCAUUAAAAAAGAAAAAUUGUUUUGAAAAAAUCUGUAGAGAACACAAAAGGUGCCAAAAACUGGUAUCAACCAGUUUUUUUCCAUACUAGUACAAAAAUAGAUAGAAGUUGUAUUCAUAAGUUGCUAGAUAUGAGAAAACACUUCAGAUGGAGGAAAAAAAACCCUAAAUUCUGUUUAUCUUAGGUAACUUGUUUUGUGAUUCAUUCUUCAAAUGACUUGAUGCCAACUUUUUGAUCCUGCUGUCCGCUUUUGAAAUGACCCACCCUGCAGGAGAAACCUAAAUCUGUAAAUGUAUUGCUUGGCAAUUAAACAAAAUCUCCAGUGUACUGUAGAUCAUGACAUUCACUGAAAGAUUCCAGAGUGCUUCUGAUAUUCUAACACUUCCUGGUUUUACUUUUAGUUUUAUUUCUAGUUUCCAAGUUCGUGCUUGAGGUAGGAUUUUUGCUUUGUCAUUUUGUCUUUUUGUAAAUAACUUUUUUUUAAUGUUAGUUUUUUUAUAAUCUUUCUGGUUAUACCACUGUUUUUAUCAUAGAAGUAUCACAAUGGGUUAAACAGGUUUUCUUUUAUAUUUCUACUGCAUUAUCUUUUCCUCUUCACCCUUAAUUCUGGCCUUUCAGUAUCAUAGAGCUGUAACUGAGUCUAGGAGAAAGGAAAGUGGGGAAGAUCUGGGUGCCAUAAAAUCAGUGCCACAUAUAUAAGUCGCAUUCCUGCAGUCUGCAAUGACCUCUGUGCAAGUAUCUCUUCUAAGAAUGAAUAUUUAUGUCCGUGUGGGUGCUCUUUCUGAAAUGCUUUUUGACUGUCUGUCAGAAUGUUGUAGCUUUUUCAGGAAUGGCCUUUACUCAUGCACCUUAAAAUUUUUUAUCAUGUUGUUUUCUGAUGCUGAGAAAGAAAACACAAAACAGGGAGCAAAGGAUGGGAGAUAGCUUAUUCUAUUUGUUGUAGCACAUUUGUUUUGAUACCCAGAAUGAAUGUGUGAUAGGGUGAACGAACUUGACUUCCAACUUAGUGCAAAAAUUGAUGUUUCAUUUUACUAAAUGGUGCUUGAAAUACAAAUUCUGUUUACAUAUAAAUUAUAUGGAAAUAUGUUAUAGAUACAGUAUGUAAGCUGUAUUCAAUGCAUUAACAGUUAGCACAGGCAUUCUAAGAAUAUCUUUUGAAAAUAAACCCAAAUUUCUUUAUCAAAAUAUUCUAAUGUAGUAUCAUUGCACAAUAGUGACAUAUAAAAGCAGUAUGACCUUAAUGGUAGUUAAAUGGAAGUAUACAUUCAGCAUCGAGUAGUACCUACUUGAAAGGGCUCUUACCUCUCAGUAAAUAUUUGUUUACAGCAAUGGUUUCUUGAUAGGUUAGAGUAUUAUACAUAUAGAGUGAAUUCUGUUUUCCUGGAUUUCCACUGCUGGGAUAUGUAGUAUGAUGUGAAUUUUGACAUGACAGCACUACUUUUUAAAAAUUAAGAUUUUGUUAUGUAUAUAAUCCUGUUGUGCACAUGUAAUCUCUAUAAUGUGCUGAAGUACAGCCAAGUAAUGGCAUUGAGAAGACACGUGUGCAAAUGCCAUUUUGAAAUGCUAUAUUUUUCAGGAGGUAGAUUUGAUUGAAAUUUAUAUGAAACUGAAAACAGAAGAGGAGUAUGUAAAGCAGUAAGUUAUCUCUGUGCUUGUUUGCAAAUUAUCCACAUUAACUUCCCUUCCUUUGUUGUGCCGUAAACUGACCCUGAAAUCUCUCUUUUAAUAAAUAGGUGUAAGCUGGCAGAGCUUGUUAAUACUUACUUGAUACUAGUACUUGAACUUGGACCUUUUAUCUUCUGUUACAAGAAUAUCAUAAAAAUAUCAUUUCUGUAGCUACAUAGUAUAGUGGUCCUAUAUUUAAAAAUUAAAAAAAAAAUCCCUUGAAUUGCAUUAACUAACCUGUGACAACAACAUCAUAGAAUCAUAAAGCUUGUAAAGGACUUCUAAGAACAUCUAGUUCAUCCACCUAUGACCAAUAUUGCCCGCUAAACCAUGUCCCUCAGUACUACAUCUACCCUUUCUCUUAACACCUUCAGGGACAGUGACUCCACCGCUUCCCUGAGUAACCUGUUUGAAUGUCUCACCUCUCUUUCUGAGAAUAAAUUGUCUGCUAUCUAAUCUGACCCUCCCUUGGCACAGCUUGAGGCCUUUCCUCUCACCCUGUCCCUGUUACCUGGGAGAAGAGGCUGACCCACAACUUCCUUUCAGGCAGUUGCAGAAAGCUAUAAGGUGUCCCCUGAGCCUCCUCCAGGCUAAACAAUCCCACUUCCCUCAGCUGUUUCAUAAGACUUGUGUUCCAGACUCCUCACCUGCUUCCCUGGGCAUAGUUUAGGGCCUCAAUGUCUGUCUUGUAGUGAGCGGCCCAAAACUGAACACAGUACUUGAGAUGCAGCCUUACUGGAGUUGAAUACAGAGGAAGGAUCACCUCCCUGCUUCUCCUGGCUAUAUUGUUUCUCAUGCAAGCUGGGAUGCCCUUGGCUUUCUUGGCUACCUGAGCACACUGCUGGUUUAUUAUGCUCAGCUGAGCAUCAACCAACACCUCCAGAUCCUUUUCUUCUGUGAGGCUUUCUAGCCUAUAGUGUUGCAUGGGGUUGUUGUGACAGGAGUGCAGGACACAGCACUUAGGCUUGUUGAACAUCAUCCCAUUGGUCUCAGCCCAGCUAUCCAGCCUGUCCAGGUCCCUCUGUAGGGCCUUCCUACUCUCAAGUAGUUCAGUUCUUACCCCUAAUUUGGUGUCGUGUACAAACGUACUAAUGGUGCACUCAGUUCCCUCACCCAAAUUAUGAGUAAAGAUAUUAAAUAGGAUGGGCCCCAGUACUGACUUCUGGUACAUGUCUUUUAUAAUCACUGAAGUGUGGAGGUUUGCAUUUGAACUUUCAUGUUGUUUUUUAAGUUACUCUACCCAAGUGUUUUAACCUGUGAUGCUUAUAAAGUAACAGUGCCUGAAAAGCACAAAUAUGUGAGUCAGAUUACAGGGCUAACCAUAUUUCUUUCUGUGUUGAAACAGCAUCACUCUACAAAUAUCAGUUUGGCAUUCAGAGGAAUGUCAAGUUUGGUGAAGUAUACUUAACUGCCAACUCAAGCAAUUCGGAGGUAACAGUUAAAACUAAGUGUGCUAAUUGCACCAACACAAAAGACUAAUUCUUGACAGAACAUAUUUUUUGACCCAGUUCUAAAGUUCAAAAUAUGUGGACCUGCCAAAUUGUCAAUAAAAAGCUGAUCUUGUUUUUUUCUGUGUGCAUUCCUUUAAUGAUAAACACUUCUCAUUGUGGUUGAACUGUGCUGAUAAGUGUGGCAUUUACUAAUUCAGAACCUAUUGCUA